UGGGGUCAUCAGCCCUGGCACCAACAUAAAAUAAAGCACUCUCCCGCGAGAUUUCUCAUACCCUUCUUCACACGCCCCUCCUGCAUAACAUAUAUAUUCAUAUGGAUUAUAUUGCGAUUUCUUUUUCUUAUUUAUCCGUGUGAGAGGGAUCCUGCACCUUCUACAAUGCCCACCUCGCAGUGGACAAGAUAAAUCUCUCCUCAUCAAUUCGCUUACAACUUCUUCCUGACAAUCCAAUUUCCUUUUUUUCUCAUCCAAUUUUUCCUCUUAACGUCUCAAAUCAAGUUCAUUUUCCCCUUUUGAUCGAUGCCUAUUAUUACCUGGUGAUUAAAAAAAAAAAGAGUAUUUGAUUCUUUUUAUUUCCUUCAAUUUGGGCACUUCUUCCACUGCUUUUUUUUUUAAUACAUUUUUUUCUUAAAUAAAAUUAGGGUUUUCUGUCUGGGUCGGUAUUACUAAACUUGCGCAGUGAAUUUUCUAGGGUUUUAUUGGAUCGUAGCAUGAUAGUCGCUGAAUUCGAAAAUUUCUGUUUGAUCAUAGCAGAAAACUUUAGGUUUGGUCAGUUACUCUGCAUCAGAGCAGAGUGAGUGUGCACCGGGCUCAUUCUCUGUGGGGUCUGCAUAAAUGGGCAUGAGCACUGAUCUUCUCAGAGAUUUGAAGUGGAGAUUUGGAAAUACACUGAUUGGGCAUUUCCACUUGGCGAUUGCCUAAGAUGGUGUUUAACAUUGAGCAUGGAAGAAGAUUGCGUAUACUAAUUAACUAGUCGUGUUGGCGGGGAUCAAGACUUUGAAAACUCAAUUAGCAGUUUGGAUAUUUUGGUCUUUACUGUUUGGUGAUUUUGGUGUUGGACAACGGAAAUAGGAAGGAGCUGAUGAUUCUUUGUUGGCCUUCAAGACUACAAAGAGGAUUUGAUUGCAGUACUCCGUUUCCAAAUCUCAAGAAACCAUUUGGAUUGACAUAGUUUCAGCUCAAUACUCUGCAAUUACCGGGUCGUGUUUUUAUUAGUUAGGUUGAGGGGUUGCAGUGCAGCACAUUGAUUUAAUAAAAAUCUGAAAUAUUCAAAGGGAAGUAAACGUGGGUAGUUUCUAUAGCUUUUGUUUGCUGCGAGUAGGAAGCUUAUGGAGGAAUACUAAAGUUGGAAAUGAAUGCAUUGACAUGGUGCAUGGACAGGAGCCUUGUUGCUGGUUCGUUCCCUUACUGGAACAGCACUACUGUGGAAUAAUUGAAGCGUUCUCAGUUUCGGAAGGAUCACACACUAGAUAUAUCAGAAUUUGGUGCAAUGUCGCGCUGCUUUCCAUUUCCACCACCAGGAUAUGAAAAGAAGGGGAGAACAGAUGAAGUGCACCUAUUGAACAAGGAAAAACAAAGAGAAAAGAAACAUAAAAAAGAGAAGAGGGACAAAGAGAAGAGGGAAAGUAAGGAAAGAAGAGAGAAGGAAGGAAAGGAUGGAAAGCAUAAAGAUAAGAGAGACAAACAAGAAAAACACAGAGAUAAAAAGAAAGACAGAGACAAGGAAAAGGAUGAGGAUAAAAAUAAAAAAAAUACCGCUGAUGAGAAUGGAUUCCCUGGACGACAAACAGAAGGUCCCGAUUCAGGUAAACUCAUUCAAAAGGAAAUUAAGCAAAAGGAUAGGAAGGGUAUCUUGUUGGAGGAGAAACUUCCCAAACACUUUGCUGGUAACAAUGGAGAGAAGGCUAGAGAGAAAAUUAAUCACCUGGCAGAGGAGAAUAAAGAUUCAAAAUUCCUUCAGGAGUUGGGGAGGAGGAUUAAGGAGGAUGAUGGUGGAGCCGUCAACCAGUCAGGUCAGGAGUUGGGCAGGAGAAUCAAGGAGGAGGAUGGAAGGGCUGGUAAUCAGUUGGUUCAGAAGUAUACCUUGGCAAGCCAAAAAAAGGAUGAGGGGACGGCCAGGCUGGUGGCUAAGGAUAGCAGUACCUGGCUUGAUGGCAAGGAAAAGAUUAAGGAUAAGAGUACUGAUGCUAAGAAGAUUGAUGGGCAAGGAAUCUGGGCUGAGGCCCGACCAAUUGAAAAUGCAACAGACCAGAAUCAUGCUGGAAAUUUUCAUUCCAGAGUUGGUGUAAUGCCCAGAUCUUUGGAGAAGAACUUCAACAGAGCAGUGGAAGCUACUGUGGAAACAAGAGAGACAAGAAAGGAAAAGAAAGACAAUAAAUCAGGAGACAAAAGGGAAGAUAGAGAGAAGGAGAAAAAGGGGCAUGGGAAGGAUAAAGACAGGGAUAAAGAGAAAAAAAAGGAAGAGGAAGUGAAGGAGCAAACUGAACAGAAGAACACAGAGCAAAAUAAGUUUAAAAUGAGCACCAAAGGUGGCCCCAUGAGUAUAAAUUCUUUCCCACAGAUUACCAAGAACAGCCACGACAAUGCUGUUAGUGGGGAAAAUCUCAAGAAACGGAAGGACACAGAAUCAAAUGGAAUCCUGCAUGCCUGUGACAAUUGGCCGAGUAAGUUGCCAAGACCGUCUUCUUACCCUCAUCCUUUCACCGAGAAUGGAAGGAUCGUGAAACCUUGCCAAAGUUCCAUUCCGUAUGCAUCGGAUGGUCCAGUAGCAGCCACCGAUUUUAAGGUUGAUAAUGAGGAACACCAGAAAAAUGGCAUCAUUGAAGCUCAGCCAUCUGCAGAUUCCCCAAACAAGCCCAUCAGCGCAACUGUGCCCACUGAUCCUGUAAUUGAAGAAACUUAUGUAAAACCACCCCAUCCAGAUUCAAAGUACCUAACCCAUGUAUAUUCAGUACCGAAAAUGGAUGAGCGGCCUGAUCUUGAUGAUCAAGAGUGGUUGUUUGGCAGCCACAGCUUACAAGAGAAAAAGCCAAUGGCAGAGUCUUCAAAUGUUGGGGGAACAAUGCAGGUAUGGGCAGAAGCUCUGCAUAUAGAGCCAGGUGUUUAUGCUUUCCCAUAUGUCAUUCCAUACUGAUUGGUUUUUCGACCUGCAAGUGGUAUGACACUAAUAUCUGCAAAUGGAGCCCUCCACUGACUCAACUGACAUGGCAGAACAGCAGCAUCUGCGCCUAGAAAUAUGUUCCAAGAUGCUUGAUGCAUUCUUCUGUUACUUCACUCUUGGGCAGCAAGUAACGAUUGACCCUGAGCUUUGAUCUUAAAACUGUUUGGUUGGAAACUUUCGACAUGGUCUUGAUCUUAUACUGAAUGCAAAGGAGCUUCUGUCAUGAAUGGUUGCGUGCCCCGGUGCAUUGCCUGCAGGCCAAGAUCUGGGAGUGCCGCUCUUGCUUGACACAUCGUAGUACAGAAAUGACUUAACAAAGGCAGCUGCGGGUUGCAGAGAAGGGGAGGCUUGAGACCUUGUGUGCUUUCUUUUCUAUUUUUGGCUGGAGCUGAGAAGCUCUUUCUAAUAGAAAUCGAGAAUGCAAGAGAGACAAACUAGAUGUGGCCUCUGCAACACCACCGCAAUUUUGAUUUGUAACAUAUAACCCCUGUUUACAGAAUAUGUACGAUAGAAAGAAAAGUAGUAGUCUCAUUCAUUAUUCAGUUUCCUAUAAAUUCUGUGACUUCCCAUCAUUUUGCUCACAUCCAUAAUGUUAAAUGAGCGAGGUCGAGAAAGAAAGGUGGUCGUGUCUUUUGAAUCUAGGAAGUCAUGGCAAGUUUGAUGUUGUUAUUUAGUCAAUAUGCUUCUGUUUUGUUAAAA